UGCUGGGGUCAACGCGUUGUUCCGCUACCUGUCUUGGGAAGCGAGUGACCACGAGCGUGUAAAAGUGAAACUGGAGAGACAACAGCUACACACCUUCCGCCGCUUUUACCCCCCUACGUCCUCGCCAUUCGGGACCUGGCAUCUCGGAUCUUCCGCAAGGCUCCGUCUCCAACUGCUCACAACGCCAACCUUAAGCCGAACGGAAAGCACCCUAGUAUCUUCUCGCGAGUGAUUGCCUACACCCGCCCCCGCGUUGCGUACAUUUUCAGUGGGCGUAACUUCGUCGACGUCAUCAAGGCUGGCUUCAUCGGCCGCACCAUGUCUGCUCGACGAUGGCGACCCGUCUAUCUCCUCAUCCACCUCUCGACCGAAGGCCGCAGUCCACUCAUCACCCUAUUCACAGGCUUCAUGGAAGCUGGCCUCCUCCUUGUGCUCACGUUCUUCUUCGCUGCACAGUGGGGUGGGAAUCUUGUCAUCACUAUGAUCGCGCUCGUGCUUUUGCUCGUAUUCAUCACGCUGGGUCGUGCGCUAGGACUUGUGUAUGUCUGGCUCAGUAGUCAGGUCUGGGGGCUUACUGUCAUCAAUUGCGACAACGUGGAUGAGAUUCGUGGUGUGUUGAGAAUUGUGUGUAGUAUGGAAGGAGUCUUGGUUGUUGUCAAUGGGGCAACGUACUUUGGGGGUUAUCGAAUGGACGGCCGGGAUGGGUUCAAUGCGUUUGUUGAUAGGUAUGAGAGGGGUGAGUUCGACGAUUUGCCAGAGGGAAAGCUUGAUCAGGGUGGAGAUAUGGGGAGCUUGGAUCAGGGGUCAACGAAGGCGGUUGGAAGUACGGAGAAGAGCUCGGUGGAUACCCCACAGCAAGUCUAAGGGGAGAUUGUAAGGAAGUCCUAGCAGAUAAUGUGUACGAUUUCAGUUUAGCCCGCACCUAUUUUCAUCUUGGUUGGGGCAGUAAAGACAAGUGAUGGGAAGCAGUGGAGUUCCAUUGCAGAACUUUGGAUCGAACAUGUCUCUAUGCUAUAUUCGAGGUGUUAAGGCGGGAGGCUGAAAUGAGGUGCCCGAUUCUUUAGC